GUUAAUAGGAUUAAGAACUGUGUCAUCAAAUUAAUAGAACAAGGCAAAAUCCCUGACACAGACAAAAAUUAAAUCAGAGAAAAGUGAAGGUCCUUCCAGAAGCUGGUGACAACCUCACUGGGGAGAGCCUGCAAAGUUGGUGUCACAACGGAAACAUGAAGCUGCCACUCUUGGUGUUUAUUGUGUAUCUGCUGUGGUUGAAAGAUUGUCACUGUGCACCUACGUGGAAGGACAAAACUGCUAUCCAUGGAGGCCUGAAGGGAUUUUCCAAGGCUGGGGAGAUAGAUAUAGAUGAAGAGGUGAAGAAGGCUUUGACUGGCAUGAAGCAAAUGAAAAUCCUGAUGGAAAGAAGAGAGGAGGAACAUAGCAACCUAAUGAGAACCCUGAAGAAAUGCAGAGAAGAAAAGCAGGAGGCUCUGAAACUUAUGAAUGAAGUUCAAGAACAUCUAGAAGAGGAAGAAAGGCUAUGCCAGGUGUCUUUGACAGGUUCCUGGGAUGAAUGCAAAUCUUGCCUGGAAAGUAACUGCAUGAGAUUUUAUACAACCUGCCCAAACAGUUGGUCCUCUAUGAAAAACAAGCUUGAACAUUUUUUCGGGAAGAUAUAUCAGUUUCUGUUUCCUUUCCAUGAAGAUAAUGAAAAAGACCUUCCCAUCGGUGAGAAGUUCGUUGAGGAAGACUCACAACUGACCCAGAUAGAGAACAUGUUCAGCCAACUGACUGUGGAUGUGGGAUUUCUCUAUAACAGGAGUUUUGACGUCUUCAAACAGAUGCAGCAAGAAUUUGACCAGGCUUUUCAAUCAUAUUUCAUGUCAGAUACAGACUUCAUGGAGCCUUACUUUUUUCCAGCUUUUUCCAAAGAGCCAGCAAAAAAAGCACAUCCUGUGCAAAGCUGGGACAUUCCCAGCUUCUUCCAGCUGUUUUGUAAUUUCAGUCUCUCUAUUUAUCAAAGUGUCAGUGCAACAGUUACCGAGAUGCUGAAGGCGAUCGAGGAUUUAUCAAAACAAGGCAAAGACUCCGCCCACGGCGGCCUGAGUAGGACGGCAUUGCCUGUGCGGGGCCGAGGGCUGUGCGGAGAGCUUCGCCAGAACUCGUCGGAAUGUUUCCAAUUUCACGCAAGAUGCCAAAAAUGUCAGGAUUACCUACAGGAAGACUGUCCUGAUGUUCCUAAACUAUACACAAAAGUAGAUGAGGCCCUUGAGUUGGUCAACAUAUCCAAUCAGCAGUAUGCCCAGGUUCUCCAGAUGACCCAGCAUCACUUGGAGGACACUACAUACCUGAUGGAGAAGAUGAGAGAGCAGUUUGGCUGGGUGACAGAACUGGCAAACCAGACCCUAGGAACCAAGAACAUCUUCAAUUUCAUAAAGGUAGUUCCAGGUGUUCAUGAAGGAAAUUUUUCCAAACGAGAUGUAACGAUGACAGAGCAUGGAAGGCGGCUUCCCUGGUGGCGCAGUGGUUAAGAAUCCGCCUCCCAAUGCAGGGGACACAGGUUCGAGCCCUGGUCCGGGAAGAUACCACAUGCCGCAGAGCAACUAAGCCCAUGCACCACAACUACUGAGCCUGAGCUCUAGAGCCUGCGAGCCACAACCACUGAGCCCGCAAGCCACAACUACUGAAGCCCAUGUGCCUAGAGCCCAUGCUCCGCAACAAAGAGAAGCCACUGCAGUGAGAAGCCCGCGCACCGCGAUGAAGAGUAGCCCCCGUUCACCACAACUAGAGAAAGCCCACGUGCAGCAACGAAGACACAACGCAGCCACAAAUAAAUAAACAAAACAUAAAUAAAUUUAUUUAAAAAAAAGAAUAUAGGAAGGGCUUAAACACCUUCCAAUAUUCUAUAUAUAUAUUAAAAAAAAAAGACAUGGAAGGAUACUGUCUGCCUCACAAAAUGAGUGGGGAAGCUGGGCAGCUGUGCCUAGGGCCCAAACUCAGUGGGCCACAGUGAGACACUGCAGGAUUUUGAGGGAAGAAACAGUGUGCUAUUGUUCAAAUGGGUAUUGAUGAUUUAUUUAUGACUGAAUAAUAAAUAUAUUUUCAAUAAAAUCUUUUCACAGAUUUUGGAAUGAAGAGGCUGCAAUGACAAUGGAAAAUAUGUUGAAAAAUUGAGAUAGUGAACAAAUUAUUUACUAAUAUGGCUCACAAAAUGAUCUUUCAUAAAGGCAGUACUAAUUUUUUUCUUUUUAAUUUAUAGUUCUUUAAUUCUAAAAGUAACAAAAUCACAAAUUCCAAAACUUUAUUUAUUUUUCUUUUAAUUUUUUUUUUUUUUGCCAUGCCACCCGGCUUGCGGGAUCUUAGUUCCCCCAUCAGGGAUCAAACCCAGGCCCCAGCAAUGAGAGCACGGAGUCCUAACCACUGAACUGCCAGGGAAUUCCCCCCAAAAUUUAGAAGGCAAAGAUUAUCCACAGUCCCACCAUCUUCACAAAACUGUUAUCAUCUUACUAUUUUUUCUUAUUCACAUUUUCCACUUAUUUUCUUAGAUGGAUUCCAAAAAAUUGAAUUAUUUGUUUAAAGGUUAACAUUUUAUUGAUAUAUAUUGCCAAAUUUGAUAGCAGCAAUGUCUAAAGUACUACUUUCUCAUAUCCUAACAUUUCAAUUUAAAAAAAUCUUUACUAAUAAAUGAAAACUUUUCUUACUAUUACAACUUUUAUGUUUUUGAUUAUAAUGUACAUUUUUCCAAGUUUGCUUACUACCUGAAUUUCUUCUUUUGUGCAUCCUAUUUAAUUCAGUGGGUAAGACUUUGUGUGUUUUGAUUAGAUCAACAUACCAAGCUCUCAAACCUGCCAACAGUGAAAUAGCAACAUACUAAGGAAAAUAACAGGAAAGAUGGGGGAAAAGAAUCACCCUGUCAUUUCCAUUCAAAUAUAUGAAUAUUUGUUAGGCCCUUACUCCAAGAAUGUAGCUCGUUAAAACAUGAAUCCCAAUUUUAUAGGGUAGAACAUAUAUUAAGAACCCUCUGGAAUUCUCAUCUAGUCAUCUAGCAUCCUAAAUGCCUAACUUUAUUGAUUGGUUUGGGAUGUGUUUAUUUCCCUAUUCCAGACUUUCACAGCUGUAACUGUGGUUGGGAUCCACAGUUACAGGCUGUAACAGAAUGUCUUGCACAUCCCAAGUAUCCAAUAAGCAUUUGGUGAUUGGUUCUUACCGUCAUUAUGAGAAUGAAGGGCACACAAAGGGAAGAAACACCUUGAAUAAAGUAAUGUGUCGUAAACAGUAGAAGUUUAUCGAACAAGUACUAUGUGCAUGUAGAAUACAGAAUGAGUAUCUUCACAUCAGAGGCAGGGGCAAUUGUAAAGGUUUAAUAAUCCAGGGUUACUGAGAAGAUCCCUUUGAAUAGUGUUAUUAAAAAUAUCCAUACAGAUGAGUUUUCUGUUAUUUUGCUAUGUAUUAAUUUUUUCAAAAGCCAAGGGUAUUUAUUCUGUCACUCAUUCUGGACUUUAUUCCAAGAAAAAUGCACUCAGUCUAUAAGUAAUUUAUUAAUAUUUUGAUUAUUGAUGCUUUUUUAAGGUAAGAACUGAUGCAUCCUAUAUGUGGCAAGUAGAAUUACCUCUUCAGCUGAGACCUGAAAAUCCAGAAAUACAUAAGAUAAUGCAGGAAAUGUAGCUGCAGGAGAGUAUGUCAGUUAUAUAUUGUAAAGUACUGUUAAUUGUCUUACGCUGAAUGGCAGUUUAAUAACUUCAAAUUGAGUUAAAAUGAAAAUUCCUUUUUAAAAAAUCAAAUGUAAAUAUUACUGUAUUCUAUGGUAUAUUCAUAGUUUGUAUAUUAAAUAUUAAA